AAAGCUGAUUAUUAAUAGACCUGCGCAAGGACAAACGCAAGAUGUAAAAGCAACACGAGCAGGGCAUGCCAGGUGUCGCUGCUGCAGCUGGUGCCGGUACCGGUGCCAGCAUGAGCUAUCAGUAUGCACAGGCGCAGCCACUGCCGCCCAGCUAUGAGCAGGCAACGCACUUUCAGGUGCCGACGGCAGCUAACGUCGUCAUCAUACAGCAUCAAGCGCCGCCCGCUGUGGGACCCGAUCCGUGCUACAUCAGCUGCCCGCAUUGCCAGGUGCUGAAGCUAACGCGCGUCGAGUAUUCGCCCAGUGUGCGCACCCAUUGCAUGGCCGCGCUGCUUUGCAUAGUGGGGCUCUGGUGUUUCGCCUGUUUGCCCUACUGCGCCACAAGCUGCAUGAAUGCGAAUCACUUUUGCGGCAACUGCAACAAAUUUGUGGGCGUCUAUAGCAGCGAUUGAUGCCGAAAUGCUAAACAACAAACGCUCAAUAAACGUAAACAAUUUCUCCAGCCAUACGAAAUGCGAACAUUUUUUUUGUUAGGUGU